CUCAUGCACAAUCACAUUCAUCUACCCGUCCGUGCGGAGUGGUGCACACUUCUGCACAGAUUGAGCUUUCUCUGUUAUCUGAACUAAACAAUAAAGUGUUGGCAUACUGCAAGCACAUGCAUUUUGCUUUAUGCAGAUCACGCACUUUAUGUGUACGUGUGUGUGCUGUCAGUUUCUUUCGUGUGUGUGGCCUGAAAACAACUGUAAACAUGCCCAAAAGAGCCAAGAAGAACGAGGAAGGUGUUGAUGGAGAGUCUGACAAUGGAACUGCAGCUGCAAAGAAAGAGAAAAAGGGGAAAGAGCCCGAGGCCCCCAUUCUAUAUGAAGAUCCUCCAGAAAAGCUGACCAGUAAGGACGGCCGGGCAGCCAAUAUGAAGAUCACCUCCUGGAAUGUGGACGGCCUGCGGGCGUGGGUCAAAAAGAACGGACUUGAUUGGGUGCGGAAGGAGGAUCCAGACAUCCUGUGUCUGCAGGAAACCAAGUGUGCUGAGAAAGCUCUGCCGGCGGACAUCACUGGCAUGCCAGAGUAUCCACACAAAUACUGGGCAGGAUCAGAGGAUAAGGAGGGCUACAGUGGAGUGGCCAUGCUCUGCAAGACCGAACCACUCAAUGUCACCUAUGGCAUUGGUAAAGAGGAGCACGAUAAAGAGGGCCGGGUCAUCACUGCCGAGUUUCCUGAUUUCUUCCUGGUCACGGCGUACGUGCCUAAUGCCAGUCGUGGUUUAGUGCGGCUUGACUACCGCAAGACUUGGGAUGUGGAUUUCCGAGCCUACCUGUGCGGUUUAGACGCGCGCAAACCCCUGGUGCUGUGUGGAGAUCUGAACGUGGCCCACCAGGAGAUCGAUCUGAAAAACCCCAAGGGAAACCGCAAGAACGCGGGCUUCACCCCUGAGGAACGGGAGGGCUUCACACAGCUCCUGGAGGCCGGCUUUACUGAUAGUUUUCGGGAGCUCUAUCCAGAUCAGGCCUACGCCUACACCUUCUGGACCUACAUGAUGAACGCUCGCUCCAAAAACGUGGGUUGGCGUUUGGACUACUUUGUGCUGUCGUCUGCUUUGCUGCCGGGUUUGUGCGACAGCAAGAUCCGAAACACUGCCAUGGGAAGUGAUCACUGUCCUAUUACCUUGUUUUUGGCAGUGUAGGUCAGGGUUUUUGUUGUCAGGGCUAUGAAUAUAUUUAGUUCCUUUAAAAGAGUCCCUGGUUCACUUCUUUCAUAUAUAGACACACACACAUAAAUAUCGAGCUCUGCUAGUCUUAGAGUUGCAUUUCCUUUCUUAUAAAAGCAAACACAAGUACUAAUGUAGGUAUCUGAUUGGUGCAGACACAUUGAAGAGGAUCACGGUGGAUUGAUAAAUCGUUUUAUACCAUAUGCACACUAUGCUAAACAUUAAAAAUAUGUAAUAAAUCUUCAUAAAUGCAGGCUCUUGUCUCUUUUUUUUUUUUUUGUAAAAUUACAAAAAAAAGGUAUUUUACAAGAAAAUAAAAGGCCCACGAACAUUCAGUUCCUUUAAAAGAGUCCCUGGAUCACAUUUUACUUCAUGCAUAGACACACACACACACACAAAAACACACACAGAAAAUUUAACUCUAUUAGUCAUUACUCUUCUAAAAGCAAAUACAAGUACUAAUGAAGGUAUCUGAUUGGUGCAGACACAUUGAAGGGGAUCAUGGUGGAUCAUCUAAUUCUUUAACACCAUAUGCUCCGUCUGCUAAACAUUCGACAUUAAAAUAUGAAAGAUUAAUCUUCAUGAAUGCAGACGCUCAUUUGUAAACUCCUCAGACUGUUAUGUGAAUGACUGACCCUGCCAGACUACUGUAAUAAACAUCAUCCAGUGCUGUGAUUUAGAGUUGUUAUCACCUAAUGACUUAUAGGAGAUCUCCACCUUAUAGGAGAUCUCCACCUUAUAGGAGAUCUCCACCUGCAAACCUCUAUGAUGUGCUUUGGAUUUUGUCUUUGGUGCUAUUUCACCCGUUUGGAUUUGACAGUACUCUGAUUUCUCUGAAGUUAUUGGAAGUUAAAUGUUACUUCUUUCGCAAACUGGAUACAAAAGAUCUGUGAUUUUUGCUUCUGUGAUGUUUUUCUUUUGUUUUGUUCUGUCUGUAGAUGUUUUUUCAUGUUUUGAAAUAAAGUAGUUUAUA